ACAUCAGAUCGAUAGAGAAUUGCAGGAGCCAAAUGCUUGGCUUUCUCACCUGCUCAACCUCUACUUCUACCUAGUUUUCCUUCUUAAUUUUGAGAGAGACAGAAAAGGGAGAGGUGGAGGUAAAGAGACAGAGCUUCAACUACUAGUGGAUAUACAGAGAUGGGCAUAUUCUCCAUUCAGCCUAAUCCAUUGGUUUUCACCUUUGGUCUCUUAGGUAAUAUCAUCUCAUUCAUGGUGUAUGUUGCUCCAGUGCCAACAUUUAUCAGGGUUUACAAGAAAAAAUCAACUGAAGGGUUUCAAUCUUUGCCAUAUGUGACAGCACUGUUCAGUGCCAUGCUUUGGAUAUAUUACGCAUACCUGAAGACUGGUGCAAAUUAUCUUAUCACCAUUAAUUCUGUUGGAUGUGUCAUAGAGACAAUCUACAUUGCCAUCUACUUGGUUUAUGCACCAAGAAAAGCAAGGAUUUUGACAGCGAAGUUUCUUGUGUUGCUGAAUUUUUGUGCGUUCUCCAUGAUCCUUCUUCUCAGUCAAUUCUUAACCAAAGGUCUGAAGAGGGUUCAAGCUGUUGGAUGGGUUUGUGUUGCCUUCUCUGUAAUCGUCUUUGUGGCACCCUUAAGCAUUGUGAGGCUGGUCAUACGCACAAGGAGUGUGGAGUUCAUGCCAUUUACUCUAUCCUUCUUCCUCACCUUGAGUGCAGUUAUGUGGUUCUCAUAUGGGUUUCUUCUGAAGGACCUUUUCAUUGCUCUCCCAAACAUACUGGGUUUCAUCUUUGGAGUACUACAGAUGGUGGUAUAUGUGAUUUACAAGGGUUGUAAUAAGAAGGUUAAAGUGAUGAGGGAGGAGAAGAAGCUGCAAGAACAAGUCAAGCUAAGCAAUAUUAGAUGUUUGGAGGUGAACCCACCAGUUGAUCAUUCACAAGAAACCAUGGAAGGGAGGAAUAAUAUAAAUGUGAUCAGGAAUGAAGCAGCUGAAGAGCAGAAUGGGCAUGAAGGAGAGAGGAACCCAACCAUCCUAACUAUCCCUAGUGAGGAGGAACGGAUGGGACCCACAAAUGAAGUCAAGGUCAAUAUUGUGUGCCAAGCCUGA